AUUUACCUUCGACAGCCGAUGAUCUUCCAAAAGGGCAACAUAGAGUUUAUCUUAGAAUCUCUGGAGACAAGUUGUGAUCACGAUUAUGUGGAGUAUUUCCGAAAAGUCCCCAACUCUAAACUUUUAUACACCUUUCGAGUGGUUAAACUGGCCCCUGCUUUUACCAUCGAUAUUUCAGUAAAAGUGCUUAAAACCCAGAGGAUAUUUUACAAGAUGGAAAACAUUAAGGGCUGUGACUUUCUGAACAAUCCUAUGCUGUUCAAAGUGUUUGGCGAAACCUACAAGCACCUGGUGGUCAAUGGCAGUUACUUUAAGUGUCCCAUCAAGCCGAAGGUUUACUAUCUGAAAAACGAGGGCACGGUGUCCCUAAUUCCCAGCAUUCACCCACCUGGGCGCUUUCAGCUUUCGAUGCGUGUGAGAAUGGCGGAAAGUCGGCGGCCGUUCGUAAUGGAAAUGUUGUGGAAGUAUAAAAUUGUACGCAUCUAA